UCCCACGGGGGCGGAAGGGAGGGCGGGGCAAAGGGCCCGAGACCUCCCGUGACCUACUCGCCCCCUCCGGAUCCCCACACUUCCCAAGUGCCCUGCCUCUCCACUAGCCCCCGGCUCUUCUCGGAUCGCCCCCGCGCAUUUACCCUCUAUUCCCAGGGGACCAGAGCUGACACCCAACAGGCUCAGGAGCUCAGCUCCCACCCACCCCCUUUUAAUGGACUCGAGCAAAGUCCCCUGGCAGGCCCCUCUGCACUCCCCCAGGACAGAGAUGGGAGAUGGCUGUCUUUCUGCCCCUUCCCCUGCCCCUCCAGGCCCGGAUCCGCCUGGCCCAGGGGCUCUGGCUCUUCUCCUGGCUGUUGACUCUGGCAGGUGGCCUCACCCUGAUCUCUAGUGGCCACCUCCUGGCACAGCUGUGGCACCUGAGCCCUUUCUUGGACCCCACCUGCUCAUUUCCAGCCCUCCCCAAGACAGCUUUGGCUGCAGGGGCGGCUGCCUUGGGCAUGGGAGUCGUAGGGGCUGGAAUCACUAGAGCAUCCUUGGAUGCGGCCCGCUAUCCACCUUGGCGAGGGGUGCUGGGACCAAUCCUGCUGGCUGGGACCCUUGGGGGUGGGGGUCUCCUGGCCCUGGCAGUAGGUCUGGCCCUAGCAUUGCCCAGGGGCCUGGAUGCUGCUCUAGAAAAUGGUUUGGGGACAGCCUUGGCACACUACAAGGACACAGAGGUUCCGGGGCACUGCAAUGCUAAGCGGCUGAUGGAUGAGCUCCAGCUGGCCUACCACUGCUGUGGACGGCACAGCUACAAAGACUGGUUCACCGUUCAGUGGAUCGGUAGCCGGUAUCUGGACCCCAAUAACCAGGACGUAAUUGACCAGAUCCACAGCAACGUGGAAGGGCUCUAUCUAAUCGAUGGGGUCCCCUUCUCCUGCUGCAACCCCCACUCCCCCUGGCCCUGCCUGCAGAACCAGCUCUCCAGCACACAGGUCCACCCCCUGUCUGAUCCUCGGCAGCCCAACCUCAACCUCUGGGAACAGGGCUGCCACGGUGUGCUACUGAGGCUCCUGGGGGGGCUGGCCAGUACCCUGGGGACCGUGCUCGGCAUUACCUUCCUACUACAGGUGUUGGUGCUCCUGGGACUACGGUACCUGCAGACAGCUUUGGAGGGCCUGGGAGGAGCCAUAGAUGGGGAGGGUGACACCCAAGGCUACCUGUUCUCUGGGGGGCUCAAAGAGAUGCUGAAAAGUGCAUUCCAGCAGGGGCUGUGUGCUCAGAGACCUGUGCCCGAGGAGGUGCCACCAGAGGCCCCAGCUGAGGAGGUCCCAGCAGAAGCCUAGCACCCCAGAGGAGGGCAAGGGGGGAACGAAAGGAGGAGAGGCUGGCCAGAGCUGUUCUCAGUCUCCCUCCUUGCAGCAGUGGCCACGCUGAGAACGGCAUGCUCUGGAGGGGAAUGAAGAGGGGCAACAGCAGGGUCUGGGGAAGAAAGGAAAGGAACUAGAUUAGGGGCGACAGCCAGAAGACAGAGAGGGAAGCAUUUAGCCAAAAGUAGCUAAAGAUAGAAACCCAUCAUCCCGCUUCAGAGCCCCUGCCGCUGGCACAGGCGGAGGGGGACAGGGCCCGCUCCUGGGGGGACCAUGAGGAGGUGGAGGGGGCCAUGGGGGUGAAGUGAGAGCCGGGCACCCAGGAAAGAAAUGGCAAAAA